UACCUGGGCGUGUCGUGUACGCGCAGGUUUCGAAAGUUAUGUUUGGUUGAUGUCGCUCCGUACUUUCAAGAAGAAGCCAGGGAAUGCGACUGGAAAAGAAGAGCUGCUGCUGACCCAGAAACAGGGUUUGAAUACAUCAAUCAUCCUAACGUUUUGGACAAGUCACUCCAGUACAUUGGCUGCACCACACUCUGAUUAAAACAACCAUUCAAACCAGAUCAUAUUCACUGCACCUUCUUUACACGGUCUAGUCCUGCCUGUAUGUACAACUGAGACCAUGACUACAUUCAAAACCUGCUGAGAGCUUUGACAAAAGAUGCAACCAGGAGGUCCUCCUGCUCCACCACCCCCACUGCCACCACCCCCACCUCCUCCACCCCUAGCCCCUGGCUUCCUGCCAUCCCUGCGUGGCCCAGGUCUCAGUUCCAAGGGGGUGCACCGGCUCUCCAGAAUGCGCAAUUUUAACUGGGAAACUCUUCCCAAACACACCGUGAUGGGAAAGCACAAUAUAUGGACAGAAAAUAAGACUGAUGGGGAAUAUGAGCUGGACACUGAUCACAUGGAGGAGCUGUUCAGCCACAAGCAGGACCAGCAACAACUCAAGGCCUUGAACUGCCAGAGUCCGAGGGGCCUGCCAACUGCUGCCUCAGGAGGGGACACUGUUUCCAUCCUCAGCUCAAAGAGGAGCAUGAACAUUGGGAUUUUUCUAAAGCAAUUCAAGCGGCCUGUAAAAGACAUGAUUGAACAAAUUAAAUCAGGAAGUGUCCACAGUUUUGGUUCUGGAAAAUUGAGAGAGCUGUACAAGCUGCUGCCAGAUGAAGGGGAGCUGAAGCAGCUGGCCAGUUUUAAGGGUGAUCACUCUGCACUUCCUGAAGCAGAUCUGUUUAUGCUAUUGCUGGUCAGAAUUCCCAGUUAUGAAGUGAGUCUCAGGGGUUUAUUGCUCAGAGAGGAAUUUUUCCCCCUUGUGGAAGAAAUUAAAGAAUUCAUUGGCACUUUGACAGCUGCUGGAAAAGAGCUACUGGAGUCUGACAGUCUCCAUUCUGUCAUUCGCCUGGUACUGAAGACUGGGAAUUACAUGAAUGCUGGUGGCUAUGCCGGCAGCGCAGUUGGCUUCCGAAUGGCAUCUCUUUUGAAGUUGGUGGAUACUAAAGCAAACAAACCUGGAAUGAAUCUUAUGCAUUAUGUUGUGAUGCAAGCUCAGAAAGCAGACAUGGCCCUGCUUAACUUUCCAGAACAACUCAAACACAUUGAAGCUGCUGCAAAAAUAAAUAAAGGUGACAUUGAAGCUGAGUUUGGAAGACAGGUAAAGAAAGUUCAAGAUGCCAAGGCAGACAUGUUGAAACAGGAAAACCUAAAGGAACAGAUGGAGGAUUUUCUAAAGGAAGCUGAGGUCUGCUUGGCAGAAAUAGAGACUCAUCUUCAGGAAUUGCAGUCAGUGAGUGAUUCUGUGGCAGAGUACUUUUGUGAAGAUCCAAACAAGUUCAAACUGGAAGAAUGUUGCUCAGUUUUCAACUCUUUCUGUGAGAAAUUUAUGCGCGCUGUGCAGGAAAACAAGGCUCGAGAGAUGGCGGAGGUGAAGUUGAGGCAGAGAGACAGAUUACAGAGCACUGCCAAGCGCAGGUCCAUAGCGACCUGCUCUAGUAGAGACAAGGAAAUGGAUGGUAUUGCCUUAGAAUCCGUACUACAGAACUACCUUACCAAUCGUGUCUCUCGGAGGAGAUCUGGAAUGCCGUCAUCUAGCCAUGGAAGUCCUGUGAGUGGCAGCCCCAACAGUGGAAGCCUAUCAGAGAUUACUGCACAGGCAAACCUCCCCACUGGAAAGAAAAGGAGAGGAGGCUCUAAUAUAGAUAAAGAGUGGAAUUCAACUGUUGAACUCACAGAGGAGUCUUCACAUAGUAAAGCCCAGUCCAAUGGCAUGGACAACAAGUCAAAAGGUGGCAUUCCUUAUGAAGAAAAGAUGAAAACUUCCAGAAAAGCAAACUCUAGACAAUAUACACACCCAGCCAAAGUGACCCCCAGCAUUUCCUCUUCUGUCAACUUCUCAGCCACCACUGACGAUGGUGAGGAGGAUCUAGAGUACAAUAAUGAGGAGGAGGCCCAAAAGUUACGUGAAGCAUCUAAAAAAGUUUUGCACUUUCAGAACAGUUGUGGCAGUAUCUCAUCGAUAGACUAUACUCUGGAAAGUCAGAAAUCUCCUGGUGCAAAUACCACUUUGCGUCGUCAGCGUACCGUCGAUGAGGACACAGAAGGGUAUCUUGGAGAGCCAGCUGAUGAGGAUUUGGUUAAGUUAUUCCUCGAUACUGAGUCGCCCCCAGCAUGUAACCUUGGCCGCCGCCAUACUGUACCUACUAAAGUCUCUAAAACUAAGGAAGAGGAAGUCAGCACUCCAGUCAGAGCUUCUUAUCCUGUGGCAAGUGAAAAUGGGAAACUGCCAGCAGACGGUGAUGAACACCAUCCCUCCAAAGAAAUGCUUGAUUUUACUGACUUAUCUCACAGCUUUAAAAAACCUGGUACUCUGGAUGAGAAUUCUCUAGCCGCAGAAAAGAAAAGCAAGCCAAAUGUUUGCCCCACACAGGCUGCAGAUGAAAUGCCUGGGGAGCAAAAACAAGAAGGCAAAUCAGUGGAGCCCUCAGACAACCACAUGCAGAGCAAUAGUGAAAAUAUUCCCCCCAAGAGUACAUGGAAUAAGGCUGAGAACUCUGGACUGUUUUUUAGCUUUUUAAAACGCCUUGGAGAUUUGAGCAAACAGCAGAGUAGCAAGGAAGCUGUUCAUAACUGCACUGGCUCUGGUGUAUAGGCUUUGAAACAAAUACAUUUUAUAGUCAGGGAAAUGCAUAUAAUUUUAAUGUUGUAAUUAACUUAUCAUGAUGACAGUGUAGUGUUAUCUUUUAUGUUACUUUUGUAAAUUGAUAAGGUUGUAAAGAGAUGGAGUGAGGCUUCUAGGAAUGUAGUUUGAGAAUGUUUUAUUUGAGGAAAGGCUAUUCUGAAUGUUUACCACUAGAUGGCACAAUACAACAGUUAUUUUUGAUACUUUGAUAAAUAACUACUUGCACUGUGUAUACCCGAAUACAAUAUUGUUAUUGUCAGUUUUACAGUGAUGAAUACCUUUUGUCUUGUUAUCAUCCUUUUGUUGUUUCGCAGAAAAUUGGCAAUAAGGAAGAUCGUGGACUCUUUCAGGGUCGCACACAAUUCAUUUAUUGUUUCAGCCUUAAAUGGGUCAGUAUUACAAAAGCCGCUUGUAUUUGAGCAGAGCUGAACUAGGAAUUGUCAGUGGCACAGUGAAGGGUGCUGAUCUCAGGUUAACUUGAGAAUUACUGUGCUUUAAGGCCUAACAUCUGGUGGCCUAUUAUGAUGGAAAGUUCCAUCUUCCCUAUUCACCUCUAUACACUGCCUGUCGGUUUGCCAUGUCUCUACAAGCUGGGAGCAGAUAAAAGCUCGUGUCGAUACAAGUAAGAGAUCAAAAUGCAAGUUCAACUACUAACGUUUCUUAGCGGCUGAUAUUACAGUUAAAUAAUUAGCUUUUUAGGAUUACAGCCAUUGUUCUAACUGAAGUGCAACAAUGACCUUUUAUUGGGUUCUUUUCUCAUGUGAACACCAACUGGAAUGUUUUUUUUUAUAUUUGUGAUUAAAAUACAGCCUGAUACUGAGCUGGAUACCCAGUGAAAUUAUAGAGCUCCAGAUUAUUUGUUACUAAAUUGUGAGUAGUCAAAUUGUUCUUUCUAAAUGCACUGGAAUGAUGAAUAAAUAUACAGGAAUACUAGAAUUUUGGUACAUUAACAAAACACUGAAGUGCCCAGUUGACUCACAUUUGGCAUUUAUAUUCACAAAUAAAAAUAUCAACCACACAUUUAUAGCUCUGUUUAUAGAGUUUUGAUUCUAAUAACACAGCAUAGCAUUGUAAUGUCUGUCCACUCCACUUGUGAAAAACAUGUUAUGAGGUAUUGUAUAUUGUUGUAAUCCUGAUCUAGACAACUGAAAUACAAGGUUUCCUUGUGCUCACUACAUAACUGUGCAGCACCUUUUCAUUCAUUCUAGGUGGGAAAAAAAAGAUCCUAUUAUCCUAUUGCCCUGAUCUUAGUUUGAACAUGAGCCAUAAAAUAAUUUAAACCUCUUGAAUGAACUGUCAAAAUGCCACCAAUAUACCAUCUAUAGUGAGGAAAGGUUGUUGCAAAAUUGUUAUGCAGCUGUGUCUUAAUUUAUUGGGUGUGGAACUUCUUUGAAAAUGGCAGUGCAAUAAUAAAUGACUACUGUAUGUAGGACAUUGUGCCUUAACAUGUGCUGUUCAUUACUGGAUUGUAUUAUAUUACCAAGUAAUUGCAAGCUAUAACAGUUUUUGCAUUAUCAUUGCUUCAGUAAAAGUAGUUAUAAAGAAAAUAUUUUCAAUAAGUUGU